AUGUCGUUUAGAAAUUAUCCAACCACAAGGUGUGGUGCGGUUGGUAAACUGUCACCUCCAGCUAGCGAGCUACUUGGUGCCUCAAUAACAGGAGUUCGAAACUGGUUGGAAGUACUUUGUGGCCAAGAGCAAGCUGAACCUCGAUUAGGGAUUAAUCUCACCCUUCGAAUAGGUAAGAGCGGCUCUUUCACUUCCUCACAGUCUACGUCUCCAUCUCUGUCUUUAAUGGCGAGGGCGGCGUUCCUCAAUUUCACAAACGCCAUUGAUUUCUUGACGUUCUCUCAGGCUCCUAUUAACUGCGCAGAUCCCGAGGCCUUCUCCAAACCUUCCUCGUCUUCUUCGUUUCUGAGGUUCGUGCUCUGA